AUUCACGGUGUGUUCGCAGCGCGGUCCAAUCUCACGUCGAGACGGUAGUCGGCGCGCUGACUCAGUGGCUAGCUCUCUCUCUCUCUCUCUCUCUCUCUCUCUUACUCUCUCUCUCUCUCGGAGCUGCGCAUGAGAUCAGGGACACUAGGGGGGAGAGCUCAUUCCAUAACACAACCGUCAUCCAUGGCUCUGUGCAACGGAGAUAGCAAGGUCAGUGACUUGACGCUGGAUAUCGGCAGCGCUGAACAAAAUGGGUCGUGUGAGGGGGCUGUGGUUAUCCUGGAUGCAGGAGCCCAGUAUGGGAAGGUUAUUGACAGAAGGGUGCGAGAAAUGUGUGUGCGGUCAGAGAUCCUGCCGCUUGAGACCCCUGCAUUUCACAUCAAAGAACAAGGGUUCAGGGCGAUCAUCAUCUCGGGAGGCCCCGCCUCAGUAUACGCAGAAGACGCACCCUGGUUCGACCCGGCCAUUUUCACCAUCGGAAAGCCUGUCCUAGGAAUCUGCUAUGGAAUGCAGAUGAUGAACAAAGUGUGUGGUGGCACAGUGCACAGGAAGAGUGUGCGAGAGGAUGGGGUUUUCAAAGUCAAUCUGGACAACACCUGCUCUCUUUUCAGAGGCCUACAGAAGGAGGAGCUGGUGCUGCUGACGCAUGGAGACAGUGUGGACAAGGUGGCUGAAGGCUUCAAGACGGUAGCCGAGUCAGGGAACAUCAUUGCCGGUAUUGCCAAUGAGCAGAAGAAGCUUUACGGCACCCAGUUUCAUCCCGAAGUAGACCUGACGGAGCACGGAACGGACAUGCUGCGCAACUUCCUGUUUGAGAUCGCCGGCUGCACCACUAACUUCACCGUCCAAAACCGCCAGCAGUCCUGCAUCGAUCAAAUCAUAGAGAAAGUCCAGAAGUCCAAAGUUCUGGUGCUGGUGAGCGGCGGUGUGGACUCCACGGUGUGCACGGCCCUCCUCAACAAGGCCCUGAACCCGGACCAGGUGAUCGCGGUGCACAUAGACAACGGCUUCAUGAGAAAGAGGGAGAGCCAGAGCGUGGAGGAGGCCCUGACUAAGCUGGGCAUCAAGCUCCAAGUUGUGAACGCGGCGCACACCUUCUACAACGGGACGACGACUCUGCCCAUCUCGGAUGAGGACCGCACGCCGCGCAAGCGCAUCAGCAAGACCCUGAACAUGACCACCAACCCAGAGGAGAAGAGAAAGAUCAUCGGAGACACCUUCGUCAAGGUAGCCAACGAGGUGAUUGGGGAGAUGAACCUAAAACCCGAGGAGGUCUUCCUGGCCCAGGGCACCCUGAGGCCCGACCUGAUCGAGAGCGCCUCCCAGCUGGCCAGCGGCAAGGCGGAGCUCAUCAAGACGCACCACAACGACACUGAGCUCAUCCGCAAGCUCCGAGAUGAGGGGAAAGUAAUCGAGCCACUGAAAGACUUCCACAAAGAUGAGGUCCGAGCUCUGGGAAGAGAGCUGGGUUUGCCAGAAGAGAUUGUGUGUCGACACCCGUUCCCUGGGCCAGGUCUAGCAAUCAGAGUGAUCUGUGCAGAUGAGCCAUACAUAUGCAAGGACUUUGCCGAGACCAACAACAUCCUCAAAAUCAUCACAGAUUUCUCUGCCAGUGUUAAAAAGCCCCACACCUUACUCCAGAGAGUCAAGUCAUGCAUAUCGGACGAGGAGGAGGACAGGCUAAUGCAGAUCACCAGCCUUAAUUCACUCAGUGCCUUCCUGCUGCCCAUCAAAACCGUCGGUGUCCAGGGUGACGGCCGAUCCUACAGCUACGUGUGUGGAAUCACCAGUAAAGAGGACCCAGAGUGGGAGUCCCUCAUGUUCCUGUCCAGACUCAUCCCUCGCAUGUGCCACAACAUCAAUAGAGUGGUCUAUGUGUUUGGAACCCACGUGAAGGAGCCCCUGACGGACAUCACUCCGACCUUCCUGACCACCGGCGUUCUGAGCACGCUCAGACAGGCCGACUUUGUGGCCCACUCUAUCCUUAGAGAGUCUGGCUACUCCAGUAAGAUCAGCCAGAUGCCGAUCAUCCUCACCCCGCUGCACUUCGACCGCGACGCCCUGCAGAAGCAGCCGUCCUGCCGACGCUCCGUGGUCAUCCGCACCUUCAUCACCAGCGACUUCAUGACAGGGAUCCCGGCUACGCCCGGCAACCAAAUCCCCGAAGAGGUGGUGCUGAAGAUGGUGAACGAGAUCAAGAAGAUCCCCGGCAUCUCCAGGGUCAUGUUCGACCUGACCUCCAAGCCCCCCGGCACCACGGAGUGGGAGUAGAACCAGCAUGAACACACACACACACGCGCACACACACGCACACACCCAACCCCACACCACACACACGCAGCCAGUGAGGGCUGGUGAACAGCUUGCCUCUCUCUGUCUCUUUUGGUUUCCCUUUACUCUCUCCGGACUCCAGUCCUCCCUCCUUCCCUCUAGAACAUUCCCAUGGAAGGCAGGCGGUACUGUGACCAGCGCACGAGCAAAGGCGCUACUACUACUCUUGCCUUCCCUCCAUCUUGAUAUUCUCUACGGUGACGGCCUGUGAUGUAAUAAUGGCGGAUGUUGAUAUUUUAUUGACAAUAAACAACUUUCGGGGGAUAUUCGUGCGACAGUGCAUUUCCUCUCACGGGGAAAAUAAUUGCUGCUCUUGUUCGGCGGUUGCCUGCUAAAUGCAGUUGAAGAUCAAAAGUUCAAGGGUGUCACGGCGUCCCACCAAUUGAAUUAUUCAGAUGUUAAAAUUAAAUCCUGACAAAAAUGAAUAAAGAGUAAAAGCGGCAAAUUAAUAGUUUAAAUGUCAUUCACUGCUUUUUGUUUGCGUUGUCUCCAUUUAACUAUUUGCUUUUGUUUGUGUUGGAGUUCUUACUUUCCACCUGUAUACUGUGCUGUCAGAGGCCAUACAUGCCUGUCUUAAGAUGAGAACAAUUGUGACCAACUUACUUUUCUUUCCUUUUCCAUUUGCCAAAUGUAAAAUAAGCUGUUACCGUUCUAGGCUUUGCCGAUCCAAUUCACCAUCAGUAGAUCAUUAAAAAAAGGAAUUGAUUGUUGCUUUACCCAACAUGGACAACAGUCAACCUGAAGAUAGGUCUUUAAAAUGCAAAUAUAUUACUGUGCAGGAGGCCAAAAUUUUGGCUGACCUUUUAUUUGUGCCUGUUUUGUUUGUUCUCAUGCUCUCCCCUUUUUUUUUAUUUUUUUUUCUGUACUGCCCUGGCAUUGGUGUUCGUUUCCGAAAUUGAGACUAUUGAGUUGUUUUGCUCACCCGGCAAUAUGUACGCUUUUUAAGAAUAACAAAAUGGCGAGGACUAACCAAGAAGUAAUGCUUAAAAAAAUUUAUAACUGCAGAGUUUCUAAAGGUUGUAUGAAAUUCUGUCAAAACUUGUUAUUUGGCCGCCCACUUAUUGUUGUACACGGGCAACCUUUUGCACACCCUUUUUAUCUCCGAAGCCUUGGCGCUUUAUGACCCCCAUAUGAAAAGAGCUCAGUGGUUCCUGUCCCCUAUUGUCUAUCCAACGUAGAACUCACGGUACCCCAUGUCAGACUCCCCGACUUGACCACCACAAAACACAUGGAUAUCUCUUGUCACAGUUAAAAAAAAGUUUAAAAAAAACAAAAAAAACAUUUAGUCAGGUGUAGUGUCGCCCGUCACUUAGUCCUCAUGGGAUAAAGCACUCAGGUUUAACUGAGUUUUAGAGUUUAUUUAGCUCACGAUGUAACCAUUGGAGACCCCUCACAAUGUGGUUCAAGUCUGCCGCCUCACAGUUGUGUUCACUCUGUCGACCACCUGCUCAUUUUCCAUUUUUUAAGUGGCAACAAUCCCCACAAUGCGACAUUAGACUCCCUUAACUUGUCGGCAAAUGGCAAACAAAAAUGUUUCUACGGCUUUUGCCUUUUUAUACGUGUGUAUUUUAUGAUACAUAUGUCUCCUUAACACAACACCAACGUGGUAUAAGGACAUUUAAUUUUGUAGUUGGAUUUUAUUGCAAUAUUGACAAGGUUAAGUUAUGCAAAUCUAUGUUGGAUGUUACUUUAUUUUUAUUUUUGUUUUUUGAAAGAUGUUCAAUGCUCAUUUUCAUUAGUAACGUGCCUCAAUCCAAGUCACCGCAUGCAGUUUCAACUAAAAUGGCAUUUGUAUAAUGACAAACUGAGCUUUAAUAAAGAAGUCCAUGUUGAAAUCUCAA